AUGGCAGGCGAAGAGCUCCCUCAAUUUGAAAAUAAACGUCCAGCUAAUAGCUCCGUCAUCGGAUUUUGGCACGUUAAAAGGAAACGACAAGCGGGUCAAUUGGCCGGCACGUACUCGAUCGGAGAUAUGGAUUCGACAUUCACCCCACCAUUGGCUCCAAAACCCUCUCAACCCAAGCUGCGGCCACGACAAGAAAGAUGGAGGGCACCUGGAGCCAAGGCCAUUGAAGAUCCCGAGCAAGUGCCGGAUGGAUGGAACCCGGAUGAGCCAGACCUUGAUCCCGAUGACAUAGUGGGCCAGAUUAGAAGAUGUCACGAGAGAAUCAAAGACAAUAUAAUGCCUAAGUUCUUCCAGACAAGAUUAGAGAACUAUGAAAAGAGACGGAAGGAUGAUGAAAAACUGAGAGAGGGCUUACCGGCGGGGCUUGACUGGAACGUUGUGCUGCGUAUAAAUUCCCUCAUAAACAUCAAGGAAGCUCUUGAGGAUAAUGGUGAUCCGGAUAAGGAGAUCCCCAACAUCCGGGCUAUGCUUGAUGAGUAUAUAGCUGGAUCGCUGAGCUGGAUUCCUGGUAAAGUUACCUACUGGGGGCGGGGAGAGCGUCUUACUCCAGCGAAAGACUUCACCUGGGAAGAAUGUGAAAGACUUGCGCAGAAUUACUCAGCCACCCAGGGCUUCUGGGUAGAAGGCAUUACACCACUGGAAACCGGGCUUCGCGCACUGACGACAAUUCCGCAGUCGGCAAGACAAAACGGUGAACAUUAUUUAAACAUUGCAAUACUUCCCCCGGGCGGCGGUAUCCCGCUUAAACUUGACUUUAUAGACGAUACUGGAGCCGAUACUCUAUCGAUAUUUGAAGGUGAUUUAGAACAAAUGCUUCAACUAAAUCCGCGCAGUAGUACUACAACUCUUGGAUGGGCUGAGUGCUCAACAGUCAGUCAUACAGUAUGGUGGCGAGUAGUCGAGCUAACUUUAGCUUUAACCGACCCCGAUACUCCAGAUGGCUAUUUAAUGCCUUUUAUCAACGUGAUCGCCACUGUGCAAGCUGGCAGCGGUCGACCUACCUUGAGGCUAAGCGGCAGGGUGGUGAGAGAUGUGCUUUUCAGUGCUACUUCUCCCAAUGGAAACAGAGAACUGUAUCUCACUUCCAAGAAGUCCGAUCUCACAAAAAUUCCUGACACAACCCUCCCAAUCACACAUAGGUGGAGGCAAGAUCGAGGUCCUCAGUUACAGAUUGUGGCAAGCCCUCCACCUGGUGCAAAUCUAGGUGGUACAGGCACAGGUGCGGGUCGUGGUGGUCGUACUGGUCGUCCUAUUGCUCGUGGCCGUGCUCGUGGCCGUGGACGUGGCGGCGGUGGUACAGGUGGUGCAGGUGGUAAUACUGGUGCAGGUGUUGCUGGUGGUCGUCGUCGUAUUGUCUUCUGGUGA